AUGGUUCUCAUGCUUCGGCAGAUAUGGGCAUUGACUCUCAAGAAUCUGAUCAUUACUCUCGUUCGACAUUGGGCGUCGACGCCAUUUCGCGCCUUCCUACUACCCGUUUUCUUCAUAGGCUUUUUGUCGUACGCACGAUUCCUGUUCAUUCCUCCGUCGGUUUACGGCAUCAGUCAGCCAUACGCGAUUCGAAGCUUGCAAAAAGCCGUUGAUGUUGCAGGAGGUGGAAGAAACAAGCUCGUCUUUGUGAACAAUGGCUUUAGUGGCGGUGCUAUUGAUGCAGUUAUCGCGCAGGUCACUACUCCGUUGCAGGAUGUACAGCUCCUGAACUUGCGCGAUGAACUUCAGCUGCGUGAAGAGUGUAGGAACAGCAUCCUUGGAACAUCUUCGUGUAUUGCUGCUGCAGUUUUCUACUCAUCUCCAACUGAGGGCAAUGGUGGUAUCUGGAAUUAUAGUGUGAGAGCAGAUGGCGCGCUCAAUUCGAAGAUUGUUACAGAUUCAAACAACAAUGAUCAGCAAGUGUACAUUCUUCCAAUACAGCAUGCCAUUGAUGUUGCUAUAUCCAACGAGGACGCCGCUGCGACAACCAUUCCUCAAAAUGCCGAGAACUACCCAUACACCUCUAUCACGGCAGAGCAGAGGCAGAAGAACAUCCGCACACGGUACAUGAGCGGUAUCAUCAAUAUUCUGGCUGUCGCCUUUUACAUUGGCAUGGUUGGUGUAUCCUACCAACUCACAGGCAUGGUUGCAAAGGAGCGUGAGGUAGGCAUGGCACAGUUGCUCGACAGUAUGAUGCCAAACCGAGCUCGCUGGCAACCUCAGGCUGUGCGAAUUAUUGCAAAUCACUUUGCUUUUGAUCUGAUAUACAUUCCUGGUUGGAUCGUCAUGAGUAUAAUUCUGUUCGUCGGUGUCUUUGCAGAGACUUCUCCGGCCAUCAUGCUCAUUUACAAUAUUCUGGCUGGUCUUGCUACGUCCUCCUUCUCUAUCUUUGCAGCUUCCUUCUUCAAGAAAGCUCAACUUAGUGGCAUAUUGACCGUUAUUGCUUUCAUGCUUCUUGCAGUUCUUGCUCAAGUACUCAACAAGUCUGGGACGGGAGCUUACGGGGUCCUGUCUCUUCUGUUUCCACCAAUGAACUACGUCUUCUUUAUCGUCACUAUGGCUCACUUUGAGCGAGAAGCCCUGGGCAUGAAUUUGAUCAAGUCUGCACCCAACCAUACCUCUUCCCUACCAGGCAUUGCUUUUUGGGUUUUCUCUGUCAUUCAGAUUGUGGCAUAUCCUCUUCUCGGAGCUUUACUCGAGGGUACACUCUACGGUACCAGUUCCAAAAGUCGAGAGACUCGAGUUUCGGACUCCGAUGUGGCUAUUUCGAUCGAAGGCUUCAGUAAACUGUAUCGACCCAGGUGGAUGACGAGACUAUCUUGCCUUCUUUUCAGGCGGCCCAUGAAGACUGUCCUUGCUGUUAAUAACCUCAACCUGGUCGCUCGAAGAGGUGAAAUAAUGGUCUACCUCGGGGCUAAUGGUUCCGGAAAAUCUACCACCUUGGACGCCAUCGCAGGCCUCACACAGAUCACUUCUGGAACUGUAUGCAUCAACUAUCCAGACCAACACACAAGUCUUGGACUUUGUCCGCAGAAGAACGUCUUGUGGCAAGAUAUGACUGUUCUAGAGCAUGUCCAGAUUUUUAACCGAGUCAAGUGUGGACAUGGCGAGAAGCUAGCCUCGAAAGAAGAGAUGUUAGCUCUACUGAACUCCUGCGACAUUGGCUUCAAGCAACGUGCAUUGUCUCAAACUCUUUCGGGUGGUCAAAAGCGUAAACUUCAACUUGCUAUGAUGUUUACAGGUGGCUCCACUGUCUGCUGUGUUGAUGAAGUCUCCUCAGGACUCGAUCCGUUGUCACGACGAAAGAUUUGGGAUAUCCUUCUCGCCGAGCGUGGAAAGAGAUCUAUAGUCCUAACCACGCAUUUCUUGGACGAGGCAGACCUUCUUGCCGACCACAUUGCUGUGCUCUCCAAGGGCCAGCUCAAGGCGUACGGCACCUCUGUUGAACUUAAAAGCAAGCUGGGACAAGGUUAUCGAGUUCAUGUGUAUCAACGUGAAGGACAGAUGCAAGCAACUGUUUAUGAGCUACCCCAUAUCUUGCAUGGUGACCAGGUGGAGUAUCUGGUUCCUAGCUCGAGCGCAGCAGCUGAGUUUGUGCAACAGCUGGAGAAGGAUGGCAUUACCGAGUAUCAGGUCAGUGGACCUACAAUUGAAGAUGUCUUCUUGAGACUAGCCGAUGAAGUCGCUCAGCCAGACGACGAAGUGGUGUCGGCACAAGGGUCCAUGAAUGAAGUCAGUCGGAGCCCGAGCCCUAACGAAGAGACAAAGGCUGCAGUCUUGACAUCCAGAACUGUUCGGCAAGCUGAUGCUAACGCAGUGCCCGAGUUGUUGACAGGCAAGCGCAUCAGCAUGUUUCGUCAAGCCAUCGUGCUUUUCCGCAAGCGCAUCCUUGUCACAAGAAGGAACCCAUUACCACUGCUCGCUGCACUUCUGAUACCAAUCAUUGCGGCAGGUUUAGUGACCUUGUUCCUUGGCGAGUAUAGACUGCCUAGCUGCAGUCCGCAAGCUAUUGAUUACAUCUCUGAAGUGAGCUCAUUGUCUACCCAGUUCAAUUACCGACUCGUGGCCGGACCUUCUGCUCAGCUUACCCCAGAAGUCUUGCAACGAUUCGCACAAAGUCUGCCAGGCAGCGGCGGAAGCGGCGAUGCCAAUUUGACUCAACUUCUACAAGCUGUCACACUGGUGGAUACUCUAGAUGACUUCAAUAAUCAGAUUAAUACUCGCUUCGCCAAUAUAACUCCAGGUGGCUUCUUCUUGGGCACUAAUGGUCAAGCUUCAACGAUAGCUUGGAGGGGAAACGGAGGCAUAUCAAAUCCUUUGAUCAUGCUCAAUAUGCUGGAUAACGUCCUUUCUUCUGUUUCCAUCUCGAGUCAAUAUCAAGCAUUUGACGUGCCAUGGCCUGCGGAUGCUGGGCAGGCGUUGCAGAUGAUCACGUAUCUUGGCUUGGCAAUUGCUGUGGCUCCAGCUUUCUUUGCCCUUGUGCCGACUCACGAAAAACUUGCACGAAUCAGAAGUUUACUCUACAGUAAUGGAGUGAGAGCUUUACCACUUUGGCUAUCUUAUGCCAGCUUCGAUUUCAUAAUCGUGUUAAUUUGGUCGGCAAUUGCGGUCAUCAUCUUCACAGCGGUCAGCUCAGUCUGGUAUCAUGUUGGCUACCUCUUCAUCGUCUUCUUCCUCUAUGGCUUGGCAUCGAUCUUGCUGUCGUAUGUCAUCUCAUUGUUCUCGCGCUCACAACUUGCAGCAUGGUGUUUUGCUGCGGCAGGACAGGCUGUGGCAUUCUUGAUCUACUUUGUGGCAUACAUGAGUGUGCUUACCUACGUUCCAGCGGAUCGGCAAACGAGUACAGUCAACAUAGCUCACUUCACAAUCGCUGCGAUUGCACCAAUCGCAAAUGUUCAGCGAGCUCUGUUUGUAUCAUUGAAUAUCUUCGCGAUUACUUGCAAGGAUCGACAAUUGGCUACGAAUCCUGGCGACAUUACACUCUAUGGAGGUCCAAUCUUGUACCUGAUUCUUCAGUCGUUCAUACUCUUUGGGAUACUGCUCUGGUGGGACAGUGGGUCGUUGUACAGGAGAUUCAGACAACGCAAGUUGCCUGAAGAGUUGGAAGACAGAAACGCCCUUGAUACAGAUGUGUCGAAUGAGCUUACUCGAGUUGCCUCUUCUAAAGACGGUUUGCGAGUCAUGCAUGUAUCGAAAGAAUUCAAGCAUAAUCUAGCAGUCAACGAUAUCACCUUCGGCGUGCCUCGCGGCGAGGUCUUUGCAUUACUUGGUCCCAACGGAGCUGGGAAGUCAACGUGUAUUUCACUUAUACGUGGCGAUAUUCAACCUAGCCGGCAUGGUGGUGACAUUCUGGUUGAAGAUGUCUCUGUCAUCAGUCAUCGUGCACUGGCCAGAUCGAGGCUGGGUGUCUGCCCGCAAUUCGAUGCCAUGGACACGAUGACGGUCCUCGAACACCUUGAUUUCUAUGCCAGAAUUCGAGGAGUUAGUGAUCCUAAGCACAAUGCACUGGCGGUCAUGAAAGCAGUUGGUUUGACACCUUACUCAGAUCGUAUGGCGGCCAAAUUAUCCGGAGGUAACAAGCGAAAAUUGUCCCUAGGCAUUGCAUUGAUGGGUAAUCCUGCUGUUCUCCUUCUCGAUGAGCCUUCCAGUGGCAUGGAUGCAGCCAGCAAGAGAGUGAUGUGGAAGACACUUGCAUCAGUCAUUCCAGGGAGGUCACUUGUCCUGACAACUCAUUCUAUGGAGGAGGCUGAUGCUCUAGCAAAUCGAGCAGGAAUCAUGGCAAGUAAAAUGCUCGCCUUAGGGACGACGGACUACCUGCGUCGAAAGCAUGGAGACUCGUACUAUGUCCAUCUUGUGCAUGCUGAUUCACCGCACACUAAGGACGAGGAUAUGGAGCGGAUAAGGAGGUGGAUACUCAAGAGAAUGCCAGGCGCCAAGGUAGAAGAGAAGACGUACCAUGGCCAGCUAAGAUUUGAAGUUCCUGCAUCAGUGCUGCACGGUGCUUCACUCGAUUGUGCCACUGAUAGGCCGAAGGACGAGAAGGACACAUCGAUCGUGUCUGUACAAAACACACACUCUGCAUCAUCGAUCUCACAUCUCUUCUCCGCACUGGAAUCAGCAAAGAAUGAGCUUGGCAUUGAACAUUACAGCGUGAGCCGAGCCACUCUGGAUCAAGUCUUCCUGAAUAUCGUUGGCAAGCACAAUGUAAGUGAGGAGGAUCAUGAAAAGAAGAACAGUAUUGUCGCCAGAAAGCGGAAGAGUGGACUAAAACGUUUAUUCCUCUAG